AUGCGCGCGCUGGUUGAUUGCGCGUCACAGAUAAGCGCGGUGACCGUCGAUUGUGUCAGCCGUUUAGGUUUAAAAGGCAAGCGGUGGACUACUCCGAUCAGUGGAUUAGCGGGUGUGCCGGUUGUGAACGUCCAGGGCCGCGUAAAUCUCGCCGUACAACCACGGUUCGCGAACGAGCCCGUACUUGAUGUAAAUGCGUGGAUUUUGCCAUCCAUUACGGGAGAUUUGCCUAGAGAGACACUCCCGCGCGAGCUCUUGAAUCGUUAUUCGAACCUCGCGUUGGCCGAUCCUGCGUUUAACGUCACGUCGUCGAUCGAUUUAUUACUGGACGGUGACGUAUACGCGUCAAUUAUGGACGGGCGGAAGGUGACAGUAGAUAGCUCUCUUCCUGCGGCAUUUAGUUCCGUUUUCGGGUGGAUUCUGAUAGGCCCCCUGUCUCAUAGCGUUACUCAUCCACACCAAGCGUUACUCGUGUCGUUAACGGUCUCACUCGAAGGGUUAGUAGAAAGGUUCUGGCAAGUGGAAGAGCCGGAGGCUGCUCCCGUAACUUUUACUGACGAAGGGCGGUGUGAACAAAUAUUCUACGAUCAACACGUACGGUUGCCGUCGGGUCGUUUUUCGGUGCCACUUCCGUUCCGCACUUCAGUGUCCGCCGACACAUUUUCUGGCUCCCGUGACAUAGCUGUCCGGCGGUUCGAGUCUCUCGAACGAAAAUUGGCAAAAAAUCCGAAACUUAAAUCACUAUAUGUGCAAUUCAUGUCCGAGUACAUGUCGUUAGGUCACAUGUCGGUUGCCGCGUCAGCUGGUCGGUAUUUAAUCCCCCAUCACGCAGUAUACCGCCCCGAGGUGAACGAGAGUAUAAUUCGAGUUGUAUUCGACGCGUCCGCGCAUGGUGCCUGUGGGCCGUCCUUGAAUCAGGUGUUGCUGCCGGGACCUAAACUGCAGCAAGACAUUAUUGACAUAUUAACUCGUUUCCGGGUCCAUAGGUACGCGUUUACAACUGACAUAUGCAAAAUGUACCGGCAGGUGUUAAUUUUACCCGAAUACCGGCAAUAUCAACAUGUCCUGUGGCGCGCGUCACCUCAUGACGAACUAAUUGAAUAUGAAUUAAAUACCGUUACAUACGGUGUAAACUGCGCACCAUAUCUCGCGUUGCGUGUGCUGCAUGCGAUUGCGCGAGACGAUUGCGUUACCUGCGGGCCGGUACAGAACGCCCUAACGCGCCAAACUUAUGUUGACGAUAUUUGCGACGGCGCAGAUUCGAUCACUGACGUGUUAAACCUCCAAUUGAAUUUAAUUUCUAUUCUAAAAAGGGCGGGUCUUGAUUUAAAAAAAUGGGCCUCUAACACCGAGGUUAUUUUGGACGCCGUCCCGGUCUCGGACCGCGUAUGUAAACCGACGUCAUUCGAAGACGCUGACGGGUACGGUACAAAAGUUUUGGGCCUAGAAUGGCACCCGAGCGGCGACUAUUUUUGUUGCGCGCUUCACCUUGAAACGUCGCCUGUACUGACAAAGCGAGGUGUCCUCUCACUAGUGGCGCGCAUUUUCGACCCAUUAGGUUUUUUCGGACCGGCCGUCUCAAUGGCCAAAACCAUCAUGCAGCGGACUUGGCGACAAGAGUUGUCGUGGGAUGAACCCCUACCACCGGACAUUCGUGACGAAUGGGUCGCUUUCGUGUCCGACUUACCGUCAUUAAAACACAUAAAAGUACCGCGUUAUAUUAACUCGAGCCAAAAUGCCCCGUGUUACCUGCUAGGUUUCUGCGACGCGUCGCUGCACGGGUACGCCGCAGUUGUGUACGUACGAAUGAGAGACGCGCCGACACAUCAAUCCGUUUUUCUAAUCGGUACAAAAACAAAGUUAGCGCCACUAAAAUCAUUAACUGUUCCGCGUUUGGAAUUAAAUGCCGCGUUAUUGUUGGCCCGUUGGUUAGGGCGUCUUCGCCGUAUUUUAGAAUCGCAACUCAAUAUCGUUGGCGUACACGCUUGGUCGGAUUCUAUGAUUGUUCUUUCGUGGUUAACCGUACCCCACGAAUCGGUAAAGGUGUAUAUUUCCAAUCGCGUACACCAAAUCCAAUCACUGUUGCCAAGUUGUGAAUGGAGAUACGUCGAGUCGCUCGUCAACCCCGCCGACUGUGCAUCACGCGGAGUAAUGCCUUCUGCGUUAGCACAACUCGAAUUAUAUUGGCAGGGACCUCCCAUUGUUUACAAGGACCCUGCGGAGUGGGGCGCCCGUCCACCGUCGUUACCACUCAGUGAUUUACCCGAGGUUCGACCAGUUUCGUGCACCGCUCGCGUGGAGGAAGUACCACGUGAGUGGUUUGACAGAUUUUCAUCCUAUGACCGCAUGUUGCGAAUGGUGGCCAGAAUGUAUCGCUUCAUUGACGCAUGCCGCGCAAAAAGGCCAUGCGCUCUGACAUUUUUGCAAAAAUUCGAACUUGACCGGGCCGCUCGGGCUUUGGUCAUCGAGUCCCAACGCAUCCACUUCGCUAUGUUGCAUCGGAAAUUGUCAAGUGGUCGUCCGGUUUCGUCUCGACCGUUAGCCCGGUUAGCUCCGUUUAUUGAUCCCGAUGGUGUAAUGCGCGUAGGAGGCCGGUUACGCCAUUCGCUGCUAAGUUAUGAUUGUAAGCACCCGAUGUUAUUGUCAAAACCUACCGACCGUAUUUGCGUUAUUGUUGUGUCGCCGGUGGCACUUGUUGACGGGCCAUGCGGGCCCACGCGUGCUGGCAGCACUUAUCGCGCGACAGUUUUGGGUCGUCUCGCUGCGAUCAGUGUUACACCAUGUAGUGAUGACGUGCGCGCGAUGUAUUAG